UAAAAAGAAUGACAACUAUUGACAACAUCACAAAGGUUUCUCUGGUUCCGAAAUCACAGGCUUACCCUCAUCCGGUGCAAACGCCACUGCAUUUAUGCAGGCAAUCUGUAACGUGGUGUAGUUUCUCCCGAUGAGCUUGCCUUUUGGAUUGUGAUUCAAGGCAAAGGAAGUUUACAGUUGUAUUUCACGACAAAAUGGAAGACCGGUGAAAGUGUAGGCCGAUUCUUGUCAAUCGAAACAUGGAGUCACCAUCGCCAGGUAGCAGCCGUGAUACCGACUUGCCAAACGGGCAUAUUAUUUUGAAUGGGUCUGGUUCUGGAAUAAAGCGGCGACUAUGUAGUUUAAGCAAAUUUAAUGCAGAGGAAAAUGCAAAAAAAUGCAAGAACUGCGGGAGCAAAUCACCAGUCAAACGUGCUGGUCCCUACUUGCUAGGCCCAAGACUUGGAAAUUCGCCAGUCAGGAGUAUUGUGCAGUGCCUAGCACGCAAGGAAGGCACAAAUGAUUUUUAUUCAAUAAAACUGCUGACUCUGGAACAAUGUGGCAAAGAGACACAGGAUGGAAAACAGGGGAAAAUGUUACUUCACACGGAAUAUUCGCUUUUAUCUCUGCUUCAUGACCAGGUUGGCGUUGUACAUCAUCAUGGAAUGUUCCAGGAUGAGAUUUUAGAUAAGAACGUGCAAGAAUUGCCUAGGACUAAAGAAGAUUUGCAGUUUUCCAUGACAAAUGUGCCAAGGAUUCGGAAAAGAUUGUGCUUGGUUUUGGACUGUUUAAGCGCCCACGAUUACGGAAAUAGCACCGCCGACCUCAUAAAUCUGCAACAUUACGUCAUCCGGGAGAAAAAAUUAUCAGAGCGUGAGGCAGUUGUUAUCUUCCAUGACAUUGUUAAGGUUGUCGAAAGUUUACAUCAGAAAAAUAUUGUACAUAGAGAUCUGAAACUGGGCAACAUCGUUUUAAAUAGAAGGACAAAAAAAAUAACAAUUACAAACUUCUGCCUUGGCAAGCAUCUGAUCAGAGAAGAUGAUUUACUUCGGGAUCAGCGUGGAAGCCCUGCCUAUAUCAGCCCAGAUGUCCUCAGUGGCGCGCCGUACUCCGGUAAAGCAAGCGAUAUGUGGGCUCUUGGCGUGGUGCUUUUUACAAUGCUUUAUGGCCAGUUUCCAUUUUAUGAUAGCGUUCCACAUGAACUGUUUCGAAAAAUCAAAGCUGCUGAUUUUAAAAUGCCAAACGAUGGAAGAGUCUCAGAGGAAACUGCUAGCCUAAUACGAGGACUGCUUGUCUUAAAUCCACGAAAACGUAUGACUGCCAGCGAAGUAUUCAUUGCUCUCGAAAGGAUUAUGAACAUCUGGUUCUCCUCUUCAUCGCUAACCGCACAAAUUCAGGUUGUACCUGAUAUCGAUAGUGACGAUGCGAAGGCGCAAUCGAAGACAGCAUCUUCAUCUUCUUCAAAGAGUUCUUCAACGAGCAGCCAGGGGCUGGAAAUAAAACUGAAGAGGUUGCAAAAUGCUCUAAUCAAUCGACCUGAAAGCCCUCCGACAUUCUCAAGUGUUGUUGUGUCUCAGCCCCUUCAAAGGCAGCCUGUAAUUCGUCGACUGAAUCAUGAUGCCAGGCCUUUGACUGCAGCCGAAGCCAUCACUCACAGACAUUUGUUUCCAAGUUAACCAUAAUCGAAUGUUUUUGAUUUCCUUUCAGAAAAAUUUUGUGAAUUUUUGUAACAUAUGGGGUGCCUUGGCCUUUUUAAAGUAAUCAGUCAUCAGCCAAUCAAUCGCAAUCGUCAUCAUCAGCGACAUCAUCAGCGUCAUCAUCAGCGUCUUUCAUCUCCAUCAUCAGUCAUUCAUCUUCAUCAUUUAAUCAUCUUCGUCGGUCAAUCAUCAUCAUCAGUUAUUUAUUCUCAUCAGUCAAUCAAUCAUCGUCAUCAUUCAAACAUCAUCAUCAUUCAAAUAUCUUCAUCAGUCAAUCAUCUUCAUCAGUCAAUCAUCUUCAUCAGUCAGUCAUUUACGUCAGUCAUUCAUCUUCAUCAGUCAAUCAAUCAUCGUCAUCAGUCAAACAUCAUCAUCAGUCAGUCAUCUUCAUCAGUCAAUCAUCUUCAGCAGUCAAUCAUCUUCAUCAGUCAAUCAUCAUCAUCAGUCAAUCAACUUCGUCAGUCAAUCAUCACCAUCAGUCAAUCAUCACCAUCAGUCAUUCAUCUUCAUCAGUCAAACAAUCUUCGUCAUCAGUCAAUUUUUACCAUCAUAUGUUACCAUCAUCAUCAGUAUCAUCAUUUGCAUCAGAAUCAUCACUCUGUCUCUUAUAAUAGCUCCUUUUAGUUGACCUUUUUACCAGACAGUUUUGAAAUCCGUUUAAAUGCAGAGACAGGCAUUGUGAACGUAGCACUGUUUCCUCUCCUGGUGUGAAUAAAGAAUGGUUCCAAUUAAUUUGUAUAUAUAACUACCAAGCAUAAUUUUUAUUGUCUAUGGUAAAGAAUUACUUACAUCUUCGUAGUAUAUAAGUUCAGUGCAAUUUUCGUUCAUUCAUCUGUUAUCUUAAUCAUAAAGUAUUUACUUUUAAAAUUUUCUUCAUGGGAUAGCGUUGAUGCAAGGAUUUGCAGCCAAUACUAUCAUGAAGUUCUAGAAGAAAAUGUCAACCCAAGCCGGGUCUUCUAACCACUGCUUUUGCACUUCAUUUUUAACUGUCAUAGGCCUGUUAUACUUACAUGUAUUAGAAAAUUGUUUUGAAUUUUUAUACUUACAUAUUCGUCCUCGCUUUAUGAUAGAAAAAGAAUUCAGAUUUACAGGGGUGUCCAAGUUAUUGCUGGGGUUGGCCAUAGACAAUACCUUACUGUACAGGCGGGCCAGAUGCAAAUUAUCGGCAAAUUUUGCUUUGAACAUGAAAAAUUGUAUAAAUGUUUCAAGAUCAGACAGAUGAAGAAAGUAUCAAUAUGAAAUGUUUUAUUUUCUGGUUGCAGAAAGUUUAUUCACACCGCUUAUUAAGCUGGCAGCUUGGACAUAAUCAACUUCAUAAGAGAAAACGUCUCCUUUCAAAUCAAAUAAGUAUGCCUAUGAUUAGAAUGCAUCUUGGUGGGUGGGAAUGGUACAUUAUAUAGACAUGGCUUAUGGACUACAUUUUCAGAUAUUGAUUGGCUUAGCACAGGGCACAGAUACCGUAAUGCUUCGAUUAAGCGCCUCCUUCUUUAAAACACCGCCUUUGAACAAAGGCCCCCUAUUUUAAAAUAAUUUUCAAUAAACGCCCCCUCUAUUAAACGUCCCCCUCGAAUAGACGCCCCCGUCUACUCGUAUUCGAAACACACAGAACAGUAAUUAACAAUAUACUACCAUGCUUCUUCAGCUUUUUUUUCGCGAAAAAAUAAGGAAAUUUACGAUAUACGCCCUUCUUUCUAAAUUUCAACGUUACAGUGGGAAAUUUUGUCUUUCUUUUCAAAAUUUCUUUCUCUAAAACUUGCGAGUUUAUUACAUCUGGAGUUGUUACUCAGAGUUUCACGCUAAGUGCGAUCAUCAUUAGAUGUUUUUUGAAUAUAUUGCCUAGGAAGAGUGAACAAAUUCAAUAAACGCUCCCUCGAAUAGACGCCCCCUAACAUAUCAAAAAAUUUGAUAAAAGCCCCGGGUGUUUAAUCGAAGCAUUACGGUAAUCCCAUCGCGGGCCACAAACUAUAUCAUUAUCUCCUUUAAUGUGAAGUGUUUUACCCUGUAAAAUUUUGCAACUUGUUCUUUGUCUCUGAAAAUCGAAUAAACUCACGGGUGUUGCUUUAAUGCUAUUGUAUUUCGCCUAAAAGUUUGACUGUUAAGUUUCUUUAAUUAAAUUUUAACUCUCGUUGUUCCUUUAUUUCCAAUGUAUUGUCGUGUUUCUUCUAGAGGCAUGUAUAGUAUUUGCUCUUUAGGCUAUGGGUUUGUUAGCACCGUUGACUUUGUACCUAGUGGCUGGCGGUUGGCAUAUUCCAAAUGAGGUUAUUUCAAUCGUUCUUGGUGCUGAAUUAAGCCCAAAUUGGGCCUGAAGCUGUAGCACAAACAAUGCCUAUUGUUGGGCUUAUUCAGCUUCAGGUAAAUUGUCGUCUAUAUUUAUCUGGGGCAAUUUCAGAAGUUGGCCUAGUGCUGUGUACCCACCCUAGUCCGGCCCUGAUUGUCCCUCUCAACUAGAUUGAGCCAUCCUUGUGCCCGCCUCAGGUGCAUAGUCGUAAUUAUUUUGAGUGCAUCUUGUAUCCUAUUGAUUGGGAUAAACAAAUUACUACAGUUCGUUAAAUGGACUCGUUUUGUAAUAACCUAGCACUUUAAUUAGAGUAUUUUCAUAAACAUUCGUGAAUGAAGAUGUAUUUUGUGUUUUUAAAGUUAGCAAUAAUAUGUUGAUGCUAACUUUA